AAAUGUGCCUCGGGAUUCUUCAAAGUAUCUACCCUUUGCCUUGAUGACAGCUUUGCACACUUUUGGCAUCCUUUUAACCAGCUUCAUGAGGUAGUCACCUGGAAUGCAUUUCAAUUAACAGGUGUGCCUUGUUAAAAGUGAAUUUGUGGAAUUUAUUUCCUUAAUUCGUAUGAUUUAAUCAGUUGUGUUGUGACACGGUAGGGGUGGUAUACAGAAUAUAGCCCUAUUUGUAUUGAUUUUUUUAAACCUUUAUUUAACUAGGCAAGUCAGUUAAGAACAAAUUCUUAUUUUCAAUGACUGCUUAGGAACAGUGGGUUAACUGCCUUGUUCAGGGGCAGAACGACAGAUUUUUUACCUUGUCAGCUCGGGGAUUCAAUCUUGCAACCUUUCCAACGCUCUAACCACUAGGCUACCGUUCAAAUAAGCAAAGAUAAUUGACAGUCCAUCAUUACAUUAAGACAUGAAGGCCAGUCAAUGUGGAAAAUGUCAAGAACUUUAAAGGUUUCUUCAAGUGCAGUCGCAGAAACCAUCAAGCGCUAUGAUGAAACUGGCUCUCAUCAGUACCUCCACUGGAAAGGAAGACCCAGAUUUACCUCCGCUGCAGAGGAUAAGUUCAUUAGAGUUAUUGCUGCCCGAAUAGAUGCUUCAGAGUUCAAGUAACAGACACAUCUCAACAUCAACUGUAAAGCAGAGGCUGCGUGAAUCAGGCCUUCGUGGUUGAAGAGACUUGCUUGGGCCAAGAAACACGAGCAAUGGACAUUAGUCCGUUGGAAAUCUGUCCUUUUGGUCUGAUGAGUCCAAAUUUGAGAUUUUUGGUUCCAACUGCCGUGUCUUUGGAAGACGCAGAGUAGGUGAAUGGAUGAUCUACGUAUGUGUGGUUCCCACCGUGAAGCAUGGAGGAGGUGGUGUGGGGGUGCUUUGCUGGUGACACUGUCUGAGAUUUUAUUUAGAAUUCAAGGCACACUUAACCAACAUGGUUACCACAGCAUUCAGCUGCGAUACGCCAUCCCAUCUGGUUUGGGCUUAGUGGGACUGUCAUUUGUUUUUCAACAGGACAAUGACCCAAAACACACCUCCAGGCUGUGUAAGGGCUAUUUGACCAAGAAGUAGAGUGAUGGAGUGCUGCAUCAGAUGAUCUGGCCUCCACAAUCACCUGACCUCAACCCAAUUGAGAUGGUUUGGGAUGAGUUGGACCGCAGAGUGAAGAUUCUACCUGCCAGCCACGAAGGAGGUCAAUGCGGUUGACCUCUCCAAAUGAUAAUGUCCCCAACUCUGCUCCUACAGAUGCCGUAAAACGCCACAUCACUGUGAGGAAGAUUGCACCCAGGAAAACACAAGUCAAUGUCCCCUCUGAGGACCACACAGAAAAUGAACAAAGAUUGAUUGAAGGCAGUCCUAAGAAGUCCCAAAUCUAUACCCCAGGACCUGCCCAGGUCCCUACACCCAAAGCCACCAUGCUCUCCCCGAUCUUGGCCCCCUCACCACCCUGUCCACAGGCUGCAGCAAACCCAGAAGACUCAGCAUGGUCACAAAAGGUGCGGAGGUCUUAUACCCGCCUAAGCCUAGGGGACCCUUCAUUUGAAAGUCACCAGGCCAUGUACUCCUCAUCUCCUCAGCGUCGGGAGACCCUGUUUGGAUUUGAGAAGCUUCAGACACCUCAGGUUCUCCGCAAGGUUGAGAAGUUCAGGGUGGGCCCUGAAGCCUCCAGGUCUCUCUGUGGAGUCAGCUCCUUCACCCUGCUGGUAGGGGACAACAGUGCUGCUCCCGACCCAGAGCCAGAUUUCAAUAUCCCUGGUGUCGCUGUGGUAAAGGAGAAGAGGAGGAGGAAGAAGGUUCCUCAAAUAAAACUGGCAGAGCUGGAUGACCUUGCGGCAAAGAUGAAUGCGGAGUUUGAAGAGGCAGAAGGAUUUGAAUUGUUGGUGGAAUAAACUCGGGGGUCAUCUACAAAGACUUUGACAUGUGACUUGAAAGACUGGUUGCCAAUACUGGAGAACGUUAAUGUUUUUAAUUUCAUUAUUGAAUUACAAAGACAGUGAAGAAUAGUUCAAUUUUUAUUUGAAUGAAUAUGUCACCUAUGGGAAACCAACAGGAUUAAUUUACAAGACAAAUGUUGAUUUUUUUUUUUUAAUAUUUUUUUUAAUACAAACAAAAAAAUUCAGUUGGAAAUGUCAGAUUGGUAUCAUCAACAAUGUAUCUCAAGAAAGAAUUCUAGCUUCAAGGAUGAUCCUGUCACUUUGAUAUGUUAAUAGUUAUUUGUUUUUUGAAAUUACAACUUCAUUGGGACAUCAUAUUGUGUUGAUGAGCACCCUUUAUAUUUUAAAUUAUUUGCUCAAUCAUUGUUGGAUUACAGGUGUGUUUUAACCUAUAAGAAUUAUUUACAAAGCACCUAUCACAUUUUGUUCCCAGGAGGUUGCGCUCACCCUCUCAUUGUGGCUUCUUCCAUCACUGUUAUUUUCUUUUGUAUUAGUGUAAAUGUAAUUCGUUUCUUUACUCUACUCAUCGAUGAUAGUUUAGAUGUUAGUGAUUUAAGACUUUUAUUAUCUGAUCACCACUCCAUAUCAAUUGGAAACACGUUCUUAUUGGCUGACCAUGUCCGUUACUGACUCAAGUCUAUCAUAUGGUUGAUCUCUUUGCUUUGUUUAGUUUUUCUGUAAGAAGUCAUGUUGCUUUUUAGAAUUGUUCCGUUAUCAUGAAUAUAAUAAAUAGUUUGUUAUUCUGUGUAA